AUGUCAAUAGCAGAUCUUGGUGGCACAAAUAUAGAUUUGAGAUUUUUCAGCUCUAAGGGAGGACACCUUGACAAAGACAAAACUUCAUUUGCAUCAUUGUAUAAUGAAGAAACUGGAUACGCCAGGAAGCAAUUAUCUUCACCCAUGCUUGUUUUGUGUUCAAAACUGCAUAAGUACCGAUCAAAGCCAUCACUGGAUCCAUUUUCAUUUUCAAUUCAUGAAAGUGAUAAUGUUUGGACAAAAAUUGCAACAAUAGCAAACAUCGUAAAACUGGUGGCUGAAACGGUUACGUCAGUUGCAGAGAUUGCCUCAAGACAAACUAAUAAGGUGAUUUGGAAAGUAAGAAUGCCGUCGAAAGUCAAGAUCUUCGCUUGGAAAGUCAAGAUCUUCGCUUGGAGAUUGCUAAAAGACAGAUUACCAACAAGGCUACAAUUGCUUAGAAGAGACAUCAUCGCGGGUAAUGAAGAAUGUUUAUGUGUUUUCGGAUGCCCGAUCAAGGAAGAUGCAAAUCAUUUGUUUCUUCGAUGCGUCAAAUUGAGAAGGGUGUGGGAAAAGAUUCAAAUCUUGUUAGAAAUUUUUGUGACGGAUGGAGAUGAUUGCUCUAGUAACUAUUUGAAUUGGUUUGAAGCUUUACAUAAAAAAAUUCCCGCGAGGAGGGCUGGAGUGUUUUGGACAGUUGUAUGUUGGUGUAUUUGGAAACAAAGGAAUGAUAUGGUGUUCAAUAAUGCAGUAGAAGAUGUAGAAGAGAUAGUACACAAUAUAAAGAUGCAUUUAUGGUGGUGGAUGGCCAUUGGAAAUAACAGAGAGUAG